AAUAACUCUUCUUGAAUCUAUAUAACAAAACAUUCAAUGUCAAUUUUCAAUUAAGCUGCGAGCAUUUAUAUUAAGGGACACAAUUUAAUACUAUGAUUAAUACAUUAGUUGCCAAAGUCAAGAGGGUGCUUCAAGGCUGUCGUGCAAUAGCUGCAUCUGAGGAAGAUGUGAAGCUUUUGGGUUCUGUGGGAAGCCCAUUUGUGAUCAGAGUUCAAAUAGCUUUGGCAUUGAAGGGAAUUGAUUACAAAUUUGUUCCAGAAAACUUGGCCAACAAAAGUGAACUUCUCCUCAAAUACAACCCAGUGUAUAAAAAGAUUCCUGUUUUUGUUCACAAUGAAAAACCCAUAUCAGAAUCCCUUGUGAUUCUUGAGUACAUUGAUGAAACAUGGACACAAAAUCCAAUCUUUCCUUCUGAUCCUUACCAAAGAGCCAUGGCUCGUUUUUGGUGCAAGUUCAUCGAUGAUAAGUGUGUGGCUGCUGCAUUGAAAUCUGUUUUUUUGGUUGAUGAGAAAGAACGCAAGAAGGCUAGAGAAGAAUUAUUGAAUGUCUUACAGUUUCUUGAGAAUGAGUUGAAGGACAAGUUCUUUGGAGGAAAAGAGAUUGGCAUUGUGGAUAUUGCUGCUCUCUUUAUCCCUUUACUGCAAGAAUUAGCAGAGUUUCAGUUAUUCACCAGUGAGAAAUUACCGAAGUUACACAAAUGGAGUAGAGAAUUUUACAAACAUCCAAUAGUUAAAGAAUGUUUUCCCUUAAAAGAACAACAACUUGCGUAUUACAAAGCUGUCGCUGGAAUACUUGCUGCUCUAUUAAAAUAGAUUGAUAAAUUGUAAGGCAAGGAAAUCUGUGUAACUAGUGUGUUGUGAGUUUUUAUUAUUGUUUUAAAUAUGCACAAUCUCGAAUUUCUCAUGUAUCAUAAUCUUUUAAUAUUGUUGUCAAUUUAAUUAUUUUAAU